AUGAACCAGAAUGAAUAUGAUCACAAAUAUGGAUUCAAUCCUAAACCUAAAGCAACCAUCAGAAGCAUAAUCAGAAAACGCCGCACCAAAUUCGCAGAUGAUUUCUUCACAGCUGAAGGAUGGAAUAGAAUCAUCCAAAGAAGAAUACCAGUAUCUAGAUGGCUGCCACGAUAUAACUUCCGCUCUUUCGUAGUUCCUGAUUUUCUGGCUGGAGCUACGGUUGGGAUUUACAAUAUUCCUCAAGGUCUUGCCUAUUCUGUUUUGGCCAGUCUACCACCCGUAUAUGGUCUGUACGCUUCCUUUUUCCCGCCCAUUUUUUACUUCCUGUUCGGCUCGUCAUUACACAGUAGCAUAGGUGUCUUCUCAUUAACAUGUCUCAUGGUAGGACAUACGCGAACAAGCAUUCUACCAGAUUAUGCCAAUGGAACUACUGCAACAGAGUUCAGAGGAAUCGAGAAUCUCACCCCUACUGAUGUAGUCGUUGCUCUGGCCUUCGUUACUGGUGCGAUACAACUUAUCAUGGCUGUCUUACAUUUGGAUUUUUUGACCAGUUACCUCAGCGAUCCAGCGGUAUCUGGAUUGAAUUUUGGGGCAGCUUGCCAUGCAUUCAUUAGUCAACUGCCAGCCAUUCUUGGAAUUAAAAUUCAUUCAUCCAAAGAGUUCUUCUUCAAAUUAAUAUAUAAUUUUGAAGAAAUAAUUGAGAACUUGGGAAAUAUAAAUGUCGCAACAACAAUCAUCUCUCUACUCACAAUUGCACUUUUGAUACUUUCCAAAUCAUACAUAGAGCCGAAUACAAGGCGGUUAGGGUUUCCAUUCCCAACAGAAUUGGUUAUAAUGAUUUUCGCUACAGUUGUAUCAACAUUAACAAACUUAAGCGAACAUUGGCAUGUUAAGAUCAUCAGCUCUAUACCUCUAGGAAUGCCACAGCCAGUUCUUCCAAAGUUUGUCUUAAUGCCAUAUCUCAUUCGUGAUGGGCUAAGUAUUGCCAUCGUCGCAUAUGCUGUGACUGUUUCUAUGGGAAAGCUAAUGGGGAGAAAACAUCGUUAUACGAUUGAUACAAACCAGGAGCUACUUGCAUUGGGUACAUCUGGAAUUCUAUCAUCUUUCUUCUCUGUUUUUCCAACAUCAACUUCAUUAUCGCGAACUUUAGUUAAUGAGGAGAGUGGAGCAAAAACCCAGGUGUCUGGAUUAGUCUCAGCUAUCAUUAUUCUGAGUGUUAUAUUAUUCCUUGGCCCCUUACUAGAAGCUCUACCAAUGUGCAUUCUGAGUUGUAUUGUGGUUGUAGCAUUAAGAUCUUUGUUUCAAAAAAUUGGAGAAGUACCAAAAAUUUGGAAGUUUUCUAAAUUGGAUACGGUUAUAUGGAUAACAACUGCUAUAGCUACGAUAUGUAUGGAUAUCAUUGAAGGCUUAGUCAUGGGAAUGAUAGUUGCUCUAUUCCUGGUCAUUAUUCGCACACAAUGGCCUGAUCUUGACACAUUGGGAGAAAUUAGUUCACGCGAUUAUCGAGUACUGGAUCGGUAUUCAGCUGCCAAGCCUCCAAACGCGACAAUUCUUCGUUUUGAUGCUCCACUCAUAUUUACUAACGUAGAGACUUUCAAAAGUAAAAUUCGUCAAGCAGUUCACGCAAACUUGCCCGGAUGCAAUUUGCCUGAGAAACAAUAUAUCAGUCGAGUGAUUGUCUUGGACUGCAGUUGCUGGGCAUAUACCGAUGCCAUGGGUGUUGAAGCAAUAAAAGAGAUUCACGAAGAGAUGCUCAUAAAUAAUAUUCUUCUGAUGUUUGCCGACUUAAAAAGUCAUGUACGAAUUCAGUAUUUGAAAGCUGGUUUGUUCACUACUAUGAAUGAGGAUCAGUUUUAUCCAUCUGUACAUGAAGCUCUACAAGCAGCCUCUAUGCUGUAUCUAACUGAACCAAACGAGUACCGUAAAGAUUCAACACUUUCGGCUGUUGUCUAG